CGGUUAGGUGUAAAGCUCAGUGGCGUGGCGCCCCAGUUCCGAGUUGAGGGGCGGCGCGAAGGCACAACUAACGCAGCACCGCGCUACCGCACGCGACUGUACUUUAUCGCUCUUAUUUAUCGGAGCAAAAAAGUUCGCAAUAUUAUCAAACUUCUUUCUGAUUAUUUACUUUUUUCGAACAAACUUUUUAAAUAAAAAAAAAAAACUAUAAUUUAAAUUACGAAUUGAGAUAUUUUGUUUUUCUUUUUUUUCGUGAUUUAUAUUUUCGUUAGGUGAUGUGUGAUUUUAGUUGAUUCUACAUGUUUUUAAUUAAGUUGUUAUUAAAAUGUAUUACAAAAAGUUUGAACGCUACAUAGCAUUAUGUUUGCUAAAACAAAUAACUUUGACACUGUAUGUGAGUGGAAAACCGACGGGUGGUGAAAACAGUAAAAUAUUUACGGACUUUCAGUUAAACGAUUUGGCGCUAGACGUGUGCACACAAUUGGAAUUUUUCGUAAAUGUGACAGUAAACAGGUGCAUGGAAAACUACUGGGCUCCAGAACAAAGUAUGCCACAGUUAUCUCCACACGUCAGGAUACGAUGUUGGAGGAACAAGAGCAUCUGGUUCCAGAUAAAGCCUUCAGAAAACUUCCAGCUUGUGGCGUUAGUGCCACAUCCUAACAAUGACGAUUAUUUUAUACAACACAGUAUUAUAGAACCUUGGGGUGAAUUCGAAGAGAUGCCCAUAACUCCUCAGGUUAACUACACAAUAUGGAGCACGGAACUCAAAGAUGGAUCACCAGUAAAGUGGAGGAGAGGUGACACACUGCCACCACACGACAGACUUAUGGCUCAAGAGAACAAAACGUACGAAAUUAAAAAGUUCUUCCACCCCACUGUGGACCCUUCGGUCUUGGAUGGAAGGUUCACAUGGAAUACUAGUGGAGAUGCUGAUGUAUGCUUCGAUGUUUUGAACUUUUGCGGGAAGUCGAAUUUGAAACAGAAGAAAAUUUGGCCAAACAAUGAAAACAUCGAGCCAUAUGUGGUGUUCGACAGGCUGCCUGUGGAAGAUGAGUGCAUCAUGGAAGUAGUUGGCAUGUACGGGACCACCAAGGUGACGUACCGCACUCCUUUCUGCUACCCUGGCGACUGUCCUCCUUCCCCAAUGGAGCCAGAAAUGGCGACAAACAUCACAAUAUUUGCGAUAGAAGAUUCCUUCGACAGCUGGGAGGUGCACGUGAGCUGGGCGAGGCCAGAUGUUCUCCAUGACUUAUACAACGUGUCUCUAUGGAUGGAUGAAGUGGAAACACAGAGAAUCAUCUUGCCUGGGGAUGUAACAGAAGCAGUGUUCAGAAACGUGACAAGUAACAACAGCUUCGGCUUGUACCAAGUGGCCAUCAGGUCCAAGCUGGGCAACAAGACAGCUACCACCAUCAGACAGGCCCAGUUCCCUGACACUGCGGGGGCGGCGCGGGGCGCGGAGCAGGCGGGCGGGGCGGGCGUCGCGGCCGUGGGCGCGGGCUGCGCUGCGGCCGCCGCGCUGGCGCUGCUGUGUCGCUGCCGGCGCCGCAGGGACCACCUGCCUGUGCCGUCUUACAAACCGCAGGACGACAAACCGUUGAAAGAAGGCGACACCGAUGUGCUAGAAGUAUGGAGCGAGACAGAAGACCGGUGGGAGGUGCGGGCAGACAAGCUCGUGCUGCACGAGGUCAUUGGAGAAGGAGCGUUCGGUGUCGUUCGCAGGGCUACACUCGCGCCGCACUCCAUGCUCGUCGCUGUUAAGAUGCUAAAAGACUUCCCAUCGCUGGAGGAAAUCCGAUCAUUUCGUUCAGAGAUGGAGCUGAUGAAGAGCGUGGGCGUGCACCCGCACCUCGUGAGCCUGGUGGGCUGCUGCAGCGGCAGGAGGCCGCUCAUCAUUGCAGAGUAUUGCAGUCGAGGGGACUUGCUCAGUUACUUGAGAUGCACAUGGGACGUUAUGCUGUCCAAACGUAACGCGAAAUACUACAACAACAACAUAGACGUGUCGGACUAUAGGAACGACUUGUUCAAGUGCAAAGCGCAGAUGGAGAGCUCCAAGCUAGUCGUCAACAAACUGUAUGAGCUACAAGAGAUCUGCGAUAAAGAACUCACUGCUUUAGACCUUCUCUCUUUCUGCCGGCAAAUAGCGAUGGGUAUGGAGUUCCUAGCUGCGAACAGAGUGGUCCACAGAGACUUAGCAGCCAGGAACAUUCUGGUGACAGCAGACAGGACUUUGAAGAUAGCAGACUUUGGUCUUUCAAGGGAUGUGUAUGAAGAGAACCAGUACAAACAGAAGGGUAACGGCAAGAUGCCCAUUCGGUGGAUGGCCUUGGAGUCGCUGACGCGGAGGAUAUAUACUACGCAGAGUGAUGUCUGGUCGUUCGGUGUGGUGGUAUGGGAGGUGGCGACAGUGGGUGGCUCACCGUACGCUGCAGUGCCGGCCGCUCGACUCCCGCGACUUCUUCGAGCUGGGUACCGCAUGCCCAGGCCUAAUAACUGCAGCCCGCAACUAUACGACAUAAUGCUAUCGUGUUGGCGCACGCACCCCCGCGACAGGCCGACGUUCGCCGACCUGCACCAACGCCUGGACGAGCUACUGAACAGCGCGUGCGCUAACCAGUACCUGUCGCUCGAGAUAGACGCAGACGACGCACCGCCCACGCCCAAACACCACAGAUACAUUAAGAUGCUGAUGAGAGGCAAGCGCGCAUGGUCCCGCGGCGAGACGUACGAGCGCCCGCUGAAGGCGCCGCAGAGCAACCACUACACGUCGCCGCCCGACUCGCUCAGCGCGCAGCCCGCUUCCUGACUAGCUCCCAAUACUUGAACAGAGUACAUUUAGUUUUCAAGAAAAUAAUGAAGUAUUUGAUACAUCAACACUUUGAUUAAACCUUAUUAAAG